AUGAGCAUGCAAAAACCAAUCGACUAUCGAUUAGAUUAUUCUAAUGAUACUUUCAAUUUGGCCAUCGAUAUAGGUGGCACAUUGUCUAAAGUGGUGUAUUCGCCAAUUAACAGUAAUCAAUUGUUUUUCCAAAACUGUGAGACCGAAAAAAUAGAUGAAUUCAUAACCAUGCUUCACAAGAUAAUAUGUGAUUCAAAUGGGAAUAAUUAUAAAAAUGUACAAAUAUUUGCAACAGGUGGUGGUUCACAUAAAUUUGAAGCAAAAUUGAAAUCAGAAUUCAAAGAUUGUUUAAAAUAUGUAAAACUAGAUGAAAUGGAAUGUUUGAUUAAAGGUUUGGAUUUUUUCAUAUCCAAUGAAUCUUCAUUGGAUGGCGAGAUAUUCACAUACAAUGAUACAGAUGGUAUAGUUCCCCGUAAUACACCAACAACAUACCCUUAUAUGCUUGUAAAUAUUGGAUCUGGGGUCUCUAUUUUAAAAAUAGAUUCUCCCACGAGUUCCUCCAGAAUAGGCGGAUCUUCAUUAGGUGGUGGAACAUUAUGGGGGUUGUUGUCGUUGAUCACAGGAGCAAAGACAUACGAUCAGAUGCUAGAUUGGGCUCAAAAUGGCGAUAAUACAAACAUUGAUAUGUUGGUUUCAGAUAUUUAUGGAACUGAUACAGGGUAUGAUAAAAUAGGGCUGAAAUCAACAGCUAUUGCAAGCUCAUUUGCCAAAUGUUUCCAAAAUAGAAGCCCAAAUGCGAUGAAUCAAAGUAAAGAUCAAGUUUUUAGGAAUGAAGAUAUUUCAAAGAGUUUACUUUUUGCCAUAUCCAAUAACAUUGGUCAAAUAGCCUAUUUGCAAGCAAAGAUCCAUAAUGUGUCAAACAUUUAUUUCGGUGGCUCGUAUACACGUGGACAUCUAAUUACAAUGAAUACGUUAAGCUAUGCAAUUGAUUUUUGGUCCAAUUCAACCAAAAUGGCGUUUUUCUUAAAACAUGAAGGAUUUUUAGGUGCAAUGGGUGCAUUCUUACAUUCUACUUCUCCUCUAUCGCAAUGA